AUGCCAUCCAGGAGAAAAACCUUGAUGUUCGCCUCUGCUUUUUUCACCAGCCUAUGCUCUUUUGUUAUAGUUUGCGUUGUGCUUGCAACUAAAAACUGGGUAUCAAGUGACAUUAUCAAUUCCAAAGAAAAUUCCAGUAUGAAGCUAAUAAUUACAUAUGGACUUUUUCAAGGAGUUUGCUCAGAUGUAUCUCCUGGAAUUAGUUCACCUCACACCAGUUUUCAAGUUGCAGGUGCUCUAGAAAAUGAUACUUUGAAGAUUUUCAACAGUGUAAUUAUAUUUCUGCUGGUUAUGACUAUGCUCAGUUCCUUCCUUAGUUCUGGAUUUACCUGUUACAAUGCCAUCAGCAACCCAUACCAAACAUUUUUGGGGCCUAUUGGAGUUUAUACUUGGAAUUCUGUGUCUUGCAUCUGCUGUCUCUUAAACCUAAUAUUGUUUGCAGUGAAUGUGGAAGUAAACAAACUGUCCUCGGAGCUGGCCAUCAAACAAUGCAAAGUUUCCACAGACUUUGAACAAACCAACUCAUAUGGAUAUUCAUACUGGAUCAUGCUUGCUAUAAUUGCCCUCAAUGCUACAACUAUUAUCAUCAUUGUUUUCUAUCAACGUGCAAAGUAUUCUAAGAAGAAGGAACGAGAGAGACCUUUGGACAGUGCACCCAAGGAUGGCAUUUUAUUUUAA